AUGAAUAUGGAAGGAGAAGAGAAAGCACUGAAACUCUACUUCAUACCUUACUUAGCACCUGGUCAUAUGAUCCCUCUAUGCGAUAUAGCUACUCUCUUUGCUUCACGCCGUCAACAUGUCACCAUCAUAACCACUCCCUCCAACGCUCAAAUCCUUCGUAAAUCUAUCCCUUUAAACCAACACCUCCUUCUUCAAACUGUUCCCUUUCCUUCCCGAGAGGUUGGCCUCCCCGACGGCGUUGAAAGUCUCUCCUCCGCCACUAGCCCUGAUAACCUCGCCAAAAUCUACCAAGCCACCACUCUUCUCCGACCACCCAUCCAACACUUUGUGGAGAAGCACCCACCUGAUUGUAUCGUGGCGGAUUUCUUGUUUCCGUGGGUGGAUGAGCUUGCAAACAAGCUUCGAAUACCUAGGCUCGCUUUCAACGGUUUCUCGCUCUUUGCUAUUUGUGCCAUUGAAUCCGUUAAAGCGCACUCUCUUUAUGAAUAUUCUUCUUUUGUAAUUCCUGGCCUUCCUCAUUCUAUCUCCAUGAAUGCAACACCGCCGAAGAUAAUGAGUGAACUGUUGGAAGCGCUUUUGGAAACGGUGUUCAAAAGUAAUGGACUCAUUGUUAACAGUUUCGCUGAACUUGACGGUGAAGAGUACAUAAAACACUACGAGGAAACCACUGGUCACAAAGCUUGGCAUCUUGGUCCGGCUUCUCUUAUUCGUAGAACCGUUCAAGAGAAAUCAGAGAGGGGAGAACGGAGCGUCGUGAGCAUGCAUGAGUGCUUGAGUUGGCUCGAUUCAAAGCGAGUUAACUCGGUGUUGUAUAUAUGUUUCGGAAGCCUGUGUCAUUUUGAAGAUAAACAGCUUUACGAAAUUUCUUGUGCUGUAGAAGCAUCAGGUCAGGAAUUUGUAUGGGUUGUUCCUGAGAAGAAAGGGAAGGAAGAUGAAAGCGGAGAAGAGAAAGAAAAGUGGUUGGCGAAGGGAUUUGAAGAGAGAAACAUUGAGAAGAAUAAAGGUUUGAUUAUUAGAGGUUGGGCUCCACAAGUUAUGAUUCUGAGCCACCCUGCUGUGGGUGCGUUUAUGACGCACUGUGGGUGGAAUUCAACCGUGGAGGCUGUUAGUGUGGGGGUUCCGAUGAUAACAUGGCCGGUGCAUGGUGAGCAAUUCUACAAUGAGAAGUUGAUAACGCAGGUGCGGGGGAUCGGGGUGGAGGUGGGUGCAGGGGAAUGGAGCAUGAUGGGGUUUGGGGAGAGAGAAAAGAUUGUGAGUAGAGAGAGCAUUGAGAAGGCUGUGAGGAGGUUAAUGGAUGGUGGUGAUGAAGCUCAGAAAAUCAGACGGAGUGCUCUAGAGUUUGGGGAUAAGGCUAAACUGGCCGUUCAGGAAGGUGGAUCAUCUCACAAGAAUAUAACGGUCUUGAUUGAUGAACUCAUACGACUGAGGGACCGCAAGCUUCUAGAGUAA